GCACACCGUAUACGCCGCCGCCGCCGGAAACGCACUUGUUCUCUCGCGUAUUACAUUGAAACGUUCCACGCCACGCCGUGAACUCUGCGCUCUGUGUUCUGUGCCUGUGCCUGUGGUGUCGGAUCAGAUCAUGCCGAUGCCGUCGAACAAGCUGCGAAAACUGCCGGAAGUGUGACUGCGUACGUGUGUGGAAGAUGUGUGAAUAUUCGAAUACGCGCAACAAGAUGAGCAACCUGGUCGUCGUCCUCGUCCUGCUGACGAUGUACAUUGUGCUUUCGGCCCCAUUCGAAAUACCGGACCGGUACAAAAAGCCGGCUAAAAUGUUGCACGAAAUUUGUAUCGCCGAGUCGGGCGCCUCGGAGGAGCAGCUGCGCACCUGUCUCGAUGGAACCGUACCGACAGCUCCGGCCGCCAAGUGCUACAUCCACUGCCUGUUCGACAAGAUCGACGUGGUGGACGAGGCGACCGGGCGCAUCCUGCUCGACCGGCUGCUUUACAUCAUCCCGGACGACGUGAAGGCAGCGGUGGACCAUUUAACGCGCGAAUGUAGCCACAUCGUAACGCCGGAUAAGUGCGAAACCGCCUACGAGACGGUCAAAUGUUAUUUCAAUGCGCACGACGAGGUGAUCAAAUUCUGCCACCUACUGGUGCUGGAGUGAAUCGGCAGCACGUGACCAACGUUGCCAAUGUGUUUGUUUUACCUUUCUAUCUCACUUAAUGUACAGUUUCAGCAUUAGCGAUACGUUUGCAGCUCCAUGCUAGGGAAGGCAAUUUUGCUCUAGGUUUAACAGUAAAGGACAACCAACGCGUACAGGACCCAUGUGAUUUGUGUUAUUAAGCAAUGCAUUAAUCAGCUAUUAAUCAUUUCAUUAAACGACAAGAUGUUUGAGAAA